AUGGGCCAGAGUCAGUACAAACACCACGGCUUGCAAGUUCUUUGUCUCCAGCUCCAGCUUCUCGGGGGAAGAAGCCAGCUGCCAGAGGCUGAUGGCGAUGGCCCUAUUCAGUUUCGUGGAAUUCAGGUCUUCCCUGGAGCGGCCCUGGUGUCCAUCGCCAAGUCCAAGGCGCGGAAAUGGACACAAAGUCCUGGUUGCCCAAGGAUGGCCCCGGAGCUCAGCCUCCCGAAAUCCUCGGCCUCCCCAGCCCGUUGUCCUGGCUCUGCGGGCCGCCUCCUCCACGACGGCCGCCUCUUCUCGCUGGGGAACUCCGUGUCUAACCCGCACCCCGCAGCCCACCCGUCAUACCCGCUCCUUCAGACCAACGCUUCACCCUGCCGGCUCCCUAGUCCCCCGGCCCGGCCCGGGCCCGUGAUCCCCGGGGGAACUCGACCCUCUUCCAGCAAAUUCUCUCUUCCCCGCCCGCGCCGCAGCCCCACAGCUCCCGCUGCCUCCGCCCAGCCCAUUUCUUUCCUCCCGCCCUUGGGGCUGCCCACGGACCCCCGGCCCCCGACGGCGGGGCUGCCCACGGACACACCCCCCCCCGCCCCCCGACAACCGCUCACUUGCAAGCAGCGCGGUGCCCGCCCACAGCACCUGCUGAUGCGGGCGCCGCAGGCCAAUAGCCUCGGACACGUGGAACCGACCCCGGUCGCUGCACUCGGUGGGGCCUCGGCUGUCGCUCCAUCCUCUCCCUCCGUCCUGUCCCUCCGUCCUGUCCCUCCACCCUACCCCUACAGCCUGUCCCUCCGUCCUGUCCUUCCAUCCUGUCCCUCCAACCUGUCCCUCUGUGCUGCCCCUCUGGUGUGUUCCUCCAUCCUGCCCCUCCAUCCUGUCCCUUCGUCCUGCCCCUCCGUCCUGUCCCUCCGUCCUGUCCCUCCAUCCUGUCCCUCCGUCCUGCCCCUCCGUCCUGCCCCUCCGUCCUGCCCUCCGUCCUGCCCCUCGUCCUGCCCCUCGUCCUGCCCCUCCAUCCUGCCCCUCCGUCCUGUCCCUCCGUCCUGCCCCUCCGUCCUGUCCCCUCCGUCCUGCCCCUCCAUCCUGCCCCUCCGUCCUGUCCCUCCGUCCUGUCCCUCCGUCCUGCCCCUCCGUCCUGUCCCUCCGUCCUGCCCCUCCAUCCUGUCCCUCCGUCCUGCCCUCCGUCCUGCCCCUCCGUCCUGUCCCUCCGUCCUAUCCCUCCGUCCUGCCCCUCAGUCUUGCCCCUCCGUCCUGCCCCUCCGUCCUGCCCCUCCGUCCUGCCCCUCCAUCCUGUCCCUCUGUCCUGCCCUCCGUCCUGCCCUCCGUCCUGCCCCUCCGUCCUGCCCUCCGUCCUGUCCCUCCGUCCUGCCCCUCGUCCUGUCCCUCCGUCCUGCCCCUCCGUCCUGUCCCUCCGUCCUGCCCCUCGUCCUGUCCCUCCGUCCUGCCCCUCCGUCCUGUCCCUCCGUCCUGCCCCUCGUCCUGUCCCUCCGUCCUGUCCCUCCGUCCUGCCCCUCGUCCUGUCCCCUCCGUCCUGUCCCUCCGUCCUGCCCCUCCGUCCUGUCCCUCCGUCCUGUCCCUCCGUCCUGCCCCUCCGUCCUGUCCCUCCGUCCUGCCCUCCGUCCUGCCCCUCCGUCCUGUCCCUCCGUCCUAUCCCUCUGUCCUGCCCCUCAGUCUUGCCCCUCCGUCCUGCCCCUCCGUCCUGCCCCUCCGUCCUGUCCCUCCGUCCUGUCCCUCUGUCCUGCCCCUCAGUCCUUGCCCCUCCGUCCUGCCCUCCAUCCUGUCCCUCCGUCCUGCCCCUCGUCCUGUCCCUCCGUCCUGCCCUCCAUCCUGUCCCUCCGUCCUGCCCCUCGUCCUGUCCCUCCGUCCUGUCCCUCCGUCCUGCCCCUCCGUCCUGCCCCUCCGUCCUGCCCCUCGUCCUGUCCCUCCGUCCUGUCCCUCCGUCCUAUCCCUCCGUCCUAUCCCUCCGUCCUGCCCCUCAGUCUUGCCCCUCCGUCCUGCCCCUCCGUCCUGCCCCUCCAUCCUGUCCCUCUGUCCUGCCCCUCCGCGCUGGCCCCCCGGCGUGUCUCCCUUCCCUCGCCUUCUCCGUCAGCGCCCACACCCCACCCUGGGGGAGACCAGAACUUGCCUCUUAUCUCGAGGCCUCAGCUUCCCCCUCGCACCCCCCGCCCCCGUUCUCAGCACAGAGAAUCAAGCCCCUUCUAUGACACAAAAGAAGGACCUUAG